AGAAUAUUGGCUAGUAGUUAAAUUUCGUCCUCUCAAAGCUACCCACAUGCUAUUUAUUCUUUUAAAAAGUUGGAAUUGUUCACUUGAUUAGAGAGAGAGAGAGAGAGAGAGAGAGAGAGAGAGAUAGAUAAGUAUAAGUUGAAGCAUAGUCUCCAAGACUUGACGGAUUGGACAAGGAAAAGCUCAAGCCAAAACUAAAGGGAAAUCAAUGGAGGAUGUUGGCUUCAUGCGUCAGUGGCCAACAAACAGUCUUGACGAGAUUGUAAAUCACCAUUUCUCCCAUCAAAUCUUCGACGUAAAACCGAAUAUUACGGAAUAUUCAUCUCAUGACACCGGCAUCAUCGAUCCGCCCGGGAAAAUCCUCAAAACAAACACUUGGAAUUCCUCUUCCAAUUCUUCCUCUCCCCACCAGAUUUCUUUUUCCAAUUCAAAUUGUGAAACUCAGUUCGGCACGAUAAAGCCUAAAGAGGAGGCUGUGCUAUCGCCUAGUAGCAACAUUACCACUUUGCCCUCAGGUGUUUAUGAUUUUCAACAGUCUUUUGGAAAUCAAAUUUAUGGGUUCAAGGCUCGUCAAGGAUCUAAAAAGAACAGCACAAACGGUACAAGGUUUUCUAGCAGUCAAGAGCAUAUUAUGGCUGAGAGAAAAAGGAGAGAGAAGCUGAGUCAGAGGCUCAUAGCUUUAUCUGCUAUUGUCCCUGGCCUGAAGAAGAUGGACAAGGCUUCUGUUCUCGGGGAUGCAAUCAAGUACGUGAAACAACUCCAAGAACAAGUGAAGACACUCGAGGAACAAACCACCAGAACAAAAUCAAUGGAAACCGUGGUCUAUGUGAGAAAAUGUGAGCUCAAUUCUGAUCAUAAUUUGGACAAUUUUUCCUCAGAGAAUAAUUUCUCAGGCGGCGGCGGUAGCGGUGGCGACGGGUCCCAAUAUGAUGAGACACUCCCUGAGAUUGAAGCAAGGUUUUGUGACAAAUAUGUGCUCAUAAGGAUACACUGUGAGAAAAGGAAAGGAGUUGUUGAGAAAACAGUAGCUGAAGUUGAGAAGCUCCAUUUGUCUAUUGUUAAUAGCAGUGCCAUAACUUUUGGAAGUUCUGUUCUAGACAUAACCAUUAAUGCUCAGAUGGAUGAGGACUUCUCUUUGACAAUGAAAGAUCUUGUGAAGAAUCUACAUGCAGCUCUAAAGCUCUUCAUGUGAAAGUAACCUUUUAAGACUGAGUUUGGAUCAUUGAUUUUCAAAGGAAUUUAUGCAAGGAAAAGAAAAAAUAAAUAAAAAGAAGCUAUAUUUAUUUCUUCGCUUUGCUAUCAUUUUCUAUUCCCGUACGUGGUAAAUCUCUUCACAAAUUUAUGAUUCAAAUGAAGCCUACGUGUGUAUCUUUUCUGUUCAAUGUUUGGAGCUGAUCAACCAAAUGUGUGAUAGUGGGAGAACAGUUUUAAUAUGUUUAUAUAUACAGUUGUGUCUGAAUAUGUACAGUUGUGUCUGAAUCUAUAAUUUGUUUUUCAAAUUUCACUAACAAAGGGCGCUACCUUUGUGUGAGUGAAGUAUUUCGUCAUUGUUUUGUGAGGCCUCUUGGUACUUUUCUUAGGGCUUCUUCUUUCUCUUUGUAAUGUCAUCUGCUUUGUAACAAUUCUAUUGAAUAUAUAUAAUAGAGACUUGCACAAA